AUGGAUGUUGAUAAUGAUUUGCUUGAAGGUCAACAAGGUAGUGGAGCACGUGCAACUCUAGGUUCCAGUAAUGUUGCAGCAAAAAAUUUAUCUGUUCCUAGAAGUUUAAAAUUAAAUGCUGUGACCUUUCAUUUCAAGAAAAGUCGUAUUUUUUAUACUUAUGGAUACGCUUUUAAAAAUGUAAUAAAGAAGUGUGUUGAAGUAAACUUAGAUAAAGGUGAUCGAGUGUAUUUAACUACGCCGUUAGCCAAUAUACCAAAUGAUAUGCUUGGAUUUUAUAUGAACGGACAUGAAUUAACGACAGUAUGGAAUUACGGCCAGGUUGAAAUCAAACAUUUGAAAGUUACUGUUACUCCACAGGGUUUAAGGACAGCAUUCGAUACUGGCACCACCCUCUCUGGAACAGCUACGAGUGAACAUUGCACUUUGGGCUGUUAUGCCGUUGGUUUAAAUCAAAAAAAUUAUGCAACAGGUCAUGUAUAUGAAAGUGAUGUAGCUUCUCCGAUGGUUCCAACAGGAGUAAGCAAUCCCAAAUUAGAUAACAUGCUCAAAAAAUAUUACGGAGAUAAAAAUCUUACUGAACAUGGGCCCAUGUGUAUGAGUGUACCUAGACACGUAGAUCUGAAUGCUUGUUUAAGAAUAAAUUUAAAUCGUUCUCUUCCACAUUACAUAGGAGUUUAUCAGUUGGAUCGCUAUAAGCAUCGUUUCAAUUUUAUACCAAAAAUUGGAGAAACUAUUAUCAAUUGGAAGUAUACGCCUGCAUUUGGAUUCAUAUCUUGUAAAGGUCAUGAUAUUCUGUAUUGUCGAGAUGAGUCAGAUAUUUGUUACACACAAAAUAUUAUUGAUAAAAUGCCUGCUCAAAUUACUACAGCCUUAACAAAAAUGGAGUGUGUAAAGUGA